CAAACUAAGUCGCUGAUGUACGGAUGUGCCUAUAUGGGAAACGAAAGUCUCCUAAGCACUGCUCCAUUGUUCCAUUUGUGGUUGGAGCGUCCCGAGAGAUCUUCUGGACACGGACAUUGCGACAACACGCGGAAUAUGGACCACUUCAUGUUUGAGUGUUUGUCGAAACAUGACAGGCCGACCAAUAAAGACGAAUCUGAAAUGGGCUGGCAAUAUAUAUCACUAAUGGAACAUACUGCAGAGUCAAUGCAAAAUAAAACCAAAACACGAUCACACAGAUGUGCCUUGUACGAUGUGUACGAUGAAGACGAUAGGAAGAUUAGAAUAAUCCGGAUGGUGAUUAGCAAGCCGGUAAUAGGAGAAGAAUUUAAUGUAAGCCAGUGCAAUGGACUAUCGGAUCUUUUAGCACGAGAUUUACUGCCAAUCAUCCCCGAGGGACAUCGAUAUUGGCCCGACGGGUCAUUGUACAUCUAUUUAUUAGGAAGAAAGGCAAAAAUAUUCUACACUAAUACAAAAAAGCCGGAAUUUCUUGUUAUUAAUCGUCCAACUACUACCACCAGUCGUCCAUCAACAACGACCAUUACUAGUCGUCCAUCAACAACGACCAGUUGGCCAUCAACAAUGACCAGUCAGCCAUCAACAACGACUACCACCCAAAGUCCUAUUACAACUACAACAAGUGCAACCACAGAAAAAUAUCGUCAUCCUUCUUGGUUUUUCUUCCCUAAUUAUUAUUUGCAUUAUGUUUAA